UAGGAUAAAUAGGUGUUUUUGAACUCACCUGAGGCUGUGACUGUCUCUAAUGUCAUUUCUGUUGUAAGAGUACACACAACUAUUCCUUGUUCCAAAGCAACUUGUGAAUCCUACAUUUAUGAAUUAGAGGGUAGUUCAGUGAGUUAUUCUGAACCUAUGCAUGGCUUUUGCUAUGGUUUUUGAGGGUCUAUCUCGAUGCAUCUGUUAAGUGAAACAACUCAUUUUCUUUUUGUCCCUUUGGAGACGUUUUCUUAAAAUUACACUGCCUGAAAACCUGUCCCAUAGGAAAAAAAAAAAGCACACUUUCAAUAUGACCUAUGAAAGCAAGUCCAUCCAAGUUACCAGACCUUUAGUGGUUGUCCAGGAAGUGAAAGAGGGAUUUGUUUUUAAUAAUUUUUUUUAAAUGUUUAUUUUUGAGAGAGAGCAGAAGCAGGGGAGGAGCAGAGAGAGGGAGCCUAUAUUCAAAGCAGGUGCCAGGCUCUGAGCUGUCCGUGCAGAGCCCAACACGGGGUUUGAACUCCCGAACUUCAAGAUCAUGACCUGAGCCAAAGUUGGAUGCUUAACUGACAGAGCCACCUAGGCACCCCUAAAGAGACUUUUAUGAGACCAGAGGAUGGGUACUUAUAAUAAAAUGCCACUACUUGAGGGUUUCCACUGGCUUUUUAUCUGUCUUUAUUCUCUGUCCUCUGUUGCCUUUGGUAAUGUAUGUAACAAAUGUCUGUGUGUCUAAUAUAUAUAUCAGACAUUGAUAGGCCCUGGGGCUAUAAAAUUGAACAGGACAAAAAUAGUUGCCUUCAAGUAUAGAAGCUAAGACUGGGAGUUACAAAACAAAGUGAAAAGAACAGCUAAGUUGAGAGAAAAGAGUGCACCUUUUUUUUUUCUUUUUUUAAAUUCUGACCUGCUUGCAGCUGUGACCCGCUUUUGGUUAAAAUUUUUCGGAGUGUCCCCAUCAGUGACGCUUUUGCCUCAUUCCCUAGUUUGAGGUGUUGUCUAAGGUUCAGUUUUCCACCCUAUUUACUUGCCCUCGGGCUUCAUCCACUGUUGAGGUGCCUAACAUGUUCAAGAAAUACUUAGUACGCACAAAGAGUGGGCAGGCACAGACAAUACCCUAAAUUGUCUAACAUCUGGACUUCAAAACCCUCUAAUCCCCACAAAAAGGAAAUCUAGACUUGUAUCACAGUGACUUGAGGCUCCAUUGUAAAAUAAUGGAACUGACUCACCAUCUUUGGAGGCAAAAAUACAGUGGAGUUUCUGCAUUAAGCCAAAGUUUUGAAUCAAAUAACUUAGGUCUAAGAUCUUCAACUGCUGGUAGAAUAUUUUUAUUUGGAAAUGCCAUAAUUCCCUCAGUCAACAUAAAAAAUCCAUCUGAUUUUUUCACCUCCCUCUUCAGCUCUUUAACUUCAUCACUCACAAGAGACUGUCCAGUUUUCCUUUACAAUCAUUGCUACUAUAUAAAUCCAGGCUUUCAUCACCUGGUACCUGGACUGUUCUAUUAGUCUUCUAAUUUGAGUCCCUGCCUUCAGCUCUGGUCUCUCUCUAAAGGGAUCCAUAUUGCUUGCCUUAAAAUACAAUUUUCAGGGGCACCUGGGUGGCUCAGUCCGUUAGGCGGGGACUUCAGCUCAGGUCAUGAUCUCGCGGUCUGUGGAUUUGAGCCCCGCCUCGGCUCUGGGCUGGCAGCUCAGAGCCUGGAGCCUGCUUCGGAUUCUGUGUCUCCCUCUGUCUCUGCCCCUCCCCUGCUUGCUGUCUCUUUCUCACAUAAUAAACAUUAAACACACACACACACACACACACACACACACACACACACACUAUAUUCAUCUUAUUGCAUCCCUACCCAUAAUUUUAACUAACCCCCAAUUACCUGCAGAGUUGAAUUGGUAUUCCCAAUCUGUUUCCCGCCUCUUUCAUUCAUGGUGUGGGAAAUGCCAGGGUGCCUACUAGCCAGUUGGGCCCUUCCUCCUUUCUGAGACACCACCUAUCUUGCCGCUGCAAGGUAUGACACCCGUUUUGCGUCCCUGAAAUACUCCAGGAAGCCCCGGUCUACAGUACCUAGGCCUCUGCAUGCCUAUAGCCCUUAAUUCGUUCAGUCAACAGCUUUUCGGCGUCAGUUGUUGGUGGGCUGUAGUGCGUCACCGCUGUUUAUGGCCUCGAUUGCUAUUUACCUUUGCAAUUAGGAUUCCACUGAGAGCUUCUGGAACUAGUUAGUACCAGGUCCUCACCAUCAUAACAAAUAAUGAAUUAGUAUUUUCCCUUUUCAGGGGCUGUUCCCCGAGCCUGGCUCUAACUGAAUAGUCCAGAACUUAGCGGUCGCAGGAUCUGACCCUCUGCGGCAGAACCGCGCAAUCGGCGCAGGUGAGGGAGCCGGCAGAGCCAGAAUCCUAUUCCAUCCUCUCCGCUGCUCCGCCCGCGCUUCGCGGCGCGUGCGGGCGGCAGGCCUCCAGGACUACUUUUGGCCCUCGGCAGCCGCCGUCCGCAGCGCCCAGCUAGCCCACAGGCCCUCGGAGGCUGCGCCGCGCUGCCGUGACCCGGGCUCUCCGCGCAGUUUUCUGCCACCUACAGGACGGACCAUGAAGCUAAAGGAGCUUGAACGGCCUGCUGUCCAAGUGUGGAGCCCAGCCAGCCAGUGCCCUGUGUAUCUCGCCACAGGAACAUCUGCCCAGCAGUUAGAUGCCUCCUUUAGCACAAAUGGCACCUUGGAAAUCUUUGAGGUUGAUUUCAGGGACCCCUCCUUGGACUUGAAACGCAAGGGAGUCCUUUCUGCCUCAAGCAGGUUUUACAAGCUGAUCUGGGGGAGCUUUGGCAAUGGGCUUCCAGAAGCCUCCGGGGUUAUUGCAGGCGGAGGGAACAAUGGCAUGCUUACUCUAUACAAUGUGACCCACAUCCUGUCUUCGGGGAAGGAGCCUGUGAUUGCCCAGAGGCAGAAGCACACGGGGGCUGUCAGAGCCCUUGACUUUAAUCCUUUCCAGGGCCACCUCCUGGCCACAGGGGCCAGUGAUUCUGAAAUCUUCAUUUGGGAUUUGAAUAACCUAAAUGUGCCAAUGACCCCAGGAUCCAAGUCACAGCAGCCUCCAGAAGACAUCAAAGCACUCGCUUGGAACCGGCAGGUUCAACACAUUCUGGCUUCUGCUCACCCCAGCGGCAAGGCAGUUGUGUGGGAUCUCAGAAAGAAUGAACCUAUCAUCAAAGUCAGCGAUCAUAGCAACAGGAUGCACAGCUCAGGCUUGGCCUGGCACCCAGAGAUAGCCACCCAAUUGGUGCUCUGCUCAGAAGAUGAUCGUCUUCCAGUGAUUCAGCUGUGGGAUUUGCGCUUUGCCUCCUCUCCCCUGAAGGUGCUGGAGAGCCACAGCAGGGGGAUCUUGUCAGUGUCGUGGAGCCAGGCUGACCCUGAGCUACUGCUCAGUAGUGCCAAGGACAACCAGAUCUUGUGCUGGAACCUGGGGAGUGGUGAGGUAGUAUAUAAGCUACCCACACAGAGUAGCUGGUGCUUUGAUGUGCAGUGGUGCCCUCGGGACCCUCCAGUGUUCUCUGCUGCCUCCUUUGACGGCUGGAUCAGUUUGUACUCCGUGAUGGGUAGGAGCUGGGAAGUCCAGCAGAUCAGACAGGCUGACAAGAUCUCUUCUUCCUUCAGCAAAGGCCAGCCUCUCCCACCAUUGCAGGUGCCAGAGCAAGUGGCCCAAGCAUCAUUGAUACCUCCUCUAAAAAAACCCCCCAAAUGGAUGAGAAGGCCAGCAGGUGUUUCAUUUGCUUUUGGGGGAAAGCUGGUUACCUUUGGCCUCCCCAGCACCCCUGCCCAUCAGGUGCCACAGCUUUGCCUCCGCCUAGUCUUCGUCAGUCAAGUCACCACAGAAUCUGAAUUUCUGAGGCGGUCAGCUGAGCUGCAGGAGUCCCUGGGGUCAGGAAAUCUCCUGAAUUAUUGUCAGAACAAGAUCGAACUAACGUCACUACAAAGUGAAAAGAUGCUCUGGCAGUUCCUGAAGGUGACCUUAGAACAAGACUCCAGAGUGAAAUUUCUAAAACUAUUAGGAUACAGUAAAGAUGAACUUCAGAAGAAGGUGGCCACGUGGCUGAAGAGUGACUUGGGGCUGGGUGAGAGCCCUCAGUCCGAGGGAGAUGAUCACAGUAACAGACAGCAGGUCUUCUGCAGCCAGGCCUCAAAACACAUCACAGAGGAAGCUUCUGCCUCCUCAACCUUCUUUGAUGAGCUGGUCCCUCAGAGUAUGACUCCAUGGGAGAUCCCCAUCACAGAAGACACUGAUGGACUCCUGAGCCAGGCUCUCCUGCUUGGAGAACUGGGCCCUGCUGUGGAGCUGUGUCUAAAGGAAGAGCGCUUUGCUGAUGCCAUCAUCCUGGCCCAGGCUGGGGGUGCAGAUCUGCUAAAGCAAACACAGGAGUGCUACUGGGCCAAGAAGAAAAGCAGAAUCUCCUCGCUUCUAGCCUGUGUUGUACGGAAGAAUUGGAAGGAUAUGGUGUGUACCUGUAGCCUGCAGAACUGGAGAGAGGCACUGGCCUUGCUACUGACAUACUCAGGGCCAGAGAAAUUCCCUGAGCUCUGUGACAUGCUGGGUAUGCGCAUGGAACAGGAGGGUGGCAGAGCACUGACCUCUGAAGCCAGACUCUGUUAUGUGUGCUCAGGGAAUGUGGAGCAGCUGGUGGAGUGUUGGGCAAAAUGCCACCAGGCUUCAUCCCCCCUGGCUCUACAGGACCUGAUGGAGAAGGUGAUGGUCCUGAAUAGGAGCUUGGAGCUAUUGCGGGGUCCUGAUGGGGUGAGCUCAGGCCCUGCCACAACCUACAGGGUCACUCAGUAUGCCAACCUCCUGGCAGCCCAGGGCAGCCUGGCCACUGCCAUGAGCUACCUACCCAGGGACUGUACUCAGCCACCAAUUCAGCAGCUGAGAGAUCGGCUUUUUCAUGCCCAGGGGUCUGGUGUCAUGGGCCAACAGUGUCCUCCUUUUCCCUUCCCCCGGGUUGUUGUGGGGGCUACCCCCCACUCUAAAGAAGCAUCAUCUUACAGAUUGGGAUUCCAGUUUUCUCACCAGGUUCCAACUCCAUCUCUAAGGCCAAGGAUUUUCACACCUCUAGUGACACCCUUGACACCUUCCCAUUCUAGCCCUUAUCAAAGCUCCAGAAUGCAUAAUAUAAGUGACUACGGGUCACCUGGGCCCCAGGCAGCCCAGCCUUUGCCCUUGGGCCCUGGGGUAAGGCCUGCUUUAUUUGAGCCACCACUGUUAAGAGAGCAAAAGGCACAAGUUCCUAACCCCACGGGGUUCCCUGGAACAUGGCCUCCUCCUGGUCCACCUCCACCCAUGGCACCCCCAGACACCAUACAGCCUGUCUCUGCCUCCCUGGCUGAGACUGCUCAACAGCUCCCUCUGCUUCCUGUGAGACUCCCAGGUCUCAGCCCUAUGAGCUUCCAGUCCCCAGCCCCUCCUGUCAGCUUCCCUGUGACACACCCUCCAGGAGGGCCUGGUGCUCCAUGCUCUAAUGCCCUCCCAACCACUGGCCUCUCGACUGUUCCCCCAGGACCUCAAGAUUCCUUGAAAAAUGCCCCAGUGCCCAGGACAAACCUUCAGAGGAAAAAGUUGCCAGAGACAUUUAUGCCCCCAGCACCGAUUACCACUCCAGUUAUGAGCCUCACCUCUGAGCCACGAGGGGUCCUUUACUCCCAGCCUUCUGUCCCUGGUGUGGGCCAUGCUCCCCCAGGAGCACCAGGAGAACUCAGCCUGCAGCAGCUUCAGCAGCGGCCACCUGAGAAGGUGGAAAGGAAGGAGCUGCCCCCAGAGCAUCGGUCCUUGAAGAUUAGCUUUGACAAGCUUCUACGACGCUGCUCCCUGUCUGCCGCUGAUUUAAAGACAAAACGGAAGCUGGAUGAGGCAGCCCAACGUCUAGAAUGUCUAUAUGAGAAGCUCUGCCACGGGACACUCUCGCCUCAUGUCCUGGCUGGGCUCCAUGAGGUUGCCCGAUGUGUGGACGCAGGAAGCUUUGAGCAGGGCCUUGCGGUGCAUGCCCAGGUGGUGGGCUGCAGCAGCUUCAGCGAGGUCUCCAGCUUCAUGCCUGUCCUGAAGGCCAUCCUCACCAUUGCUCAUAAGCUGCACACGUAAACCAGGCAGCCUCUCUUGCCAGGAGGCUACUUCUGCUGUUACUUACCUCCUCCCUGUGGAAAAGGGGGAAUUUCGGAAGAGAUUCUGUUUGUUUUUCCCUACCCUCUUCCCUUGCUGCCAGGUAUAUGAUGCUGUGGGCUUGCCUCUAAAGUUAGCAGGGUGCUUUUCACCCUUUUAUGCCUGGCCUUGUAGAAUCCACCCAAGGCUCUCGCAGCGUCAGAGGCAGAGCAUAUAGCUGGUUCUUCACCUUCCCUGACUCUGUACUCUGACAGGACCUGGGGCAGGGCCUCUUUAAGAACCCCAGAGAUAUUCUGUUUAAGUGGCUUCUGAGGUGGUGAACAGGAUUAUUACCUCCAAGUCUAUCUCUGCUGUACCCAUCUUGUGGGGCUUUUCUUUCUCCCCUUCUGUGAGUUAAGAGCCUGGCCUUACCUUCUCCUUGCCUCUGAGUUCCUAUUUCCGGGUCCAUUUUCCUCUGAGCCCCAGAGGCUGGGGUAGAGUUGACUAUUGUUCAUCUUCUGAACAAAUCAUGAAUGUGAGGCAUGGGUGCUGAGCAGAACCCAGAGAAGGAACUUAUUAGAUGCUUUUUACAAGGACCUUCUCUUCUGCCAGCAUCAUAAGGGUGGGCUAGGUCAGGUGGAAAGGAGAAGGGGUGCACUGUCUUUUGCUGGGAGCUGUCUUAGGCUAUGAAAUAGGAGCAGAGAGACCUCUGCCUGCAGGGAAUGGUCCUGACUUGACCUGUCUGAGCCCUGGCCCAAGGUCCUUCCAUUGUGUGAUUAUGAGCCCACUUCUUGAAUAGGAGCCACAUUAACAAGACUUUUCUGGCACUGUUCCUCAAGGGCUGGAGGCCCUUCUCCUCCUCAGCCCCCACACGUCUCAGGGCUGCCUCCUCUGGCUGCACUCUUCAUGGUUGGACUUUGCAUUUGAAGCACUGUUGUACUCAAUGGGCAAUAAAGCCGCUUGGAUUUGGUUUCCUCA